GCUGAAUUCAAGCUGGCUACCCUGCCCUUUAGCAGUGUUUCAGAGAACAAAUGUCCUCAAGUCUGUGUUCAGAGCUGAGCACUGUUAAGCAAGAAUUUAGCAGAACUCUCAUUCAAAGAAAGAAAAAAUGACAAGUUUACAACUUCUUUCAUUUCUAUUGCUUUCUUGUAUCAUCGUCUCAGCAAAUACAUAUGAAGAAAAGAAAAAAGAGGCACUGGGACCACAGAGUGAACACACUACAACAAAGAAAGAUCAGCCAAACUUAGAAACCAAAUUUCGACUCUAUACAGAUACAGCUGAAGGCAGCUGCCAGAUUUUUGUUAAUCAGUUGGAGACUCUUGACAAAUGCAGUUUCAAUGCCUCUCUUCCUCUGGUGAUGAUAGUCCACGGCUGGUCGGUGGAUGGGAUUUUAGAAAGCUGGAUUUGGAAAAUGGCAGCAGCUCUGAAGUCUCAGCAUAACCAAAUGAACGUGAUCAUUGCAGACUGGCUCACACUGGCUCACCAGCACUAUCCCAUUGCCGUACGGAACACACGCACCACAGGACAGGAGAUUGCACAGUUCCUGCAGUGGCUGGAGGAAUCUGUUCAAUUUUCCAGAAGCAAUGUUCAUCUAAUUGGGUACAGCCUAGGAGCUCAUGUUUCAGGAUUUGCUGGAAGUUUUAUCACUGGUACAAAAAAGAUUGGAAGAAUUACAGGCCUUGACCCUGCUGGUCCCUUGUUUGAAGGGAUGUCACCAACAGACCGUUUAUCUCCAGAUGAUGCAAACUUUGUAGAUGCUAUUCAUACCUUCACUAAACAGCACAUGGGCCUAAGUGUCGGCAUCAAGCAGCCUGUGGCUCAUUUUGACUUUUAUCCCAACGGAGGCACCUUCCAGCCGGGCUGUCACAUCCUGCAUGUGUACAAUCACAUUGCACAAUUCGGGAUCGCUGGCAUCACUCAGACUGUGAAAUGUGCCCAUGAGAGGUCAGUUCACUUGUUCAUCGACUCUCUGCUGCACAAGGACAAGCAAAGCACAGCUUACUGGUGCAAUGACAUCAACACUUUCAACAAAGGACUGUGCCUCAGCUGUAAGAAGAACCGGUGUAACACCCUGGGCUACAAUAUCAGGGAGGAAAGGCUGCCCAAAAGCAGACAACUCUUUCUGAAAACAAGAGCGCAUAUGCCCUUCAAAGUGUAUCAUUAUCAGUUCAAGAUCCACAUCAUCAAUGAAAUCCAAGACAAGCCAAUAGACCCAGCUUUCACCAUGUCUCUGGCAGGGACCAAGAAGGAUGCUAAAAACCUGCACAUCCCACUAGUCGAAGGUAUUACUGGGAAUAAAACCUACUCCUUUCUCAUCACCCUGGACACUGAUAUCGGUGACCUUGUAAUGAUCAAGUUCAAAUGGGAAGGAACUCCAGUUUGGGAAAAUAUCUGGGACACGUUUCAAACCAUAAUACCAUGGACAAAAGGCACCCGUCGACCAGGACUUAUAGUGAAGGCAAUAAGAGUGAAAGCAGGGGAAACACAGCAAAAAAAUACAUUUUGCCCUCAAAGCAUUGACAACUUUCACCUUCAUCCAUCCCAAGAGAAGACAUUUGUGAGGUGUGACGAUCUCUUCCCGAGACAAAACAGAAAAUGAGCAAGAACACAAAAAGGCAACUCCUCACCAAAGUAGUCAAACUAUGGUACAUCUAGUAAAUGUAAAUUUUAGAAAUUGACAGCAUCAAAUAUCCUAGCAGUUUCAGAGAUGGUGAAAAAAUACAUUAGGAUAUUUAAUUUUUGUCAUCUGACAGCUGAAAUAUGCACUUUGUUCAUCUAGGAGCAUACUCUGCAAAUGAUCAAUAAACAGCUUCAUCAAGGCAACUGUCAAUUUUCAACUGUUUAAAAUCUGAAAAAAAUCAGCUCACCAGAAAUAAAAAAAAA